GAGUGGAGUCCGGCUGGUUGGGGUGCAGAGAGAGCGAGAUGAUUGAGGGCUGGAGCCCGGUCCUGCAGACCUUACUUGGGACCUUCUUCACUUGGGGCCUCACUGCUGCUGGAGCUGCUCUGGUGUUCAUCUUCACACAGGGGCAGAAACAAAUUCUGGAUGGAAGUCUUGGUUUUGCUGCAGGGGUUAUGCUGGCUGCCUCUUACUGGUCACUGUUGGCCCCAGCUAUUGAGAUGGCAGAAUCUUCAGGGACCUAUGGAGCGUUUGCCUUCUUUCCUGUGGGGGUGGGCUUCACGCUUGGAGCAGCCUUUGUUUAUUUGGCUGAUGCUUUGCUGCCCUCACUGGGUAUUGAUGAUUCUCCACAAAUGGCAUUUGCACUCAAUCAGGAGCCAAAACCAAUGAAGGAAAAGAAGGAAGAUGAUGCUGAAGAUUCCCGGUUGCAAGAUGAAGAAUUUGCCAUCCGGAUAGGUAGAGGUGCAUUAUCAGCAGAGAGUGCAGACAAUGGAGAAGUCCAUCAGAGAAAAAGAACACAGCACUCUGACUACUCCGAGGGUUUGAUGGCAUUCAGUCAAUCAAGGUCUACUCCAGAGCAACAACAAAGCAGUUGGAAGCGCAUUAUUUUACUUAUUCUUGCCAUCACCAUACACAAUAUCCCAGAGGGUCUAGCAGUGGGAGUUGGAUUUGGUGCUAUUGGCAAGACUGCAUCAGCGACCUUUGAAAGUGCACGGAACUUAGCGAUUGGAAUUGGACUGCAGAAUUUCCCAGAAGGCCUUGCAGUUAGCUUGCCGUUGCAUGGUGCAGGAGUGUCCACGUGGAAGGCAUUCUGGUACGGCCAGUUAAGUGGUAUGGUUGAGCCAGUGGCGGGAGUAUUUGGUGCCUUUGCUGUAGUCCUUGCCGAGCCACUGUUGCCCUAUGCCUUGGCGUUUGCAGCCGGUGCCAUGGUUUACGUUGUAAUUGAUGACAUCAUUCCUGAAGCACAACUCAGUGGAAAUGGCAAGCUGGCAUCCUGGACCUCCAUCAUCGGUUUCGUCUUGAUGAUGUCGCUCGAUGUUGGCCUUGGGAUAAUCUCAAGAUUUACUUUUUGCUGAAGAAAUUACUUUGGAACAUUAUUUUCAUCACUACUAAUUUUUUUUCCCCUGCAACAGAUUGUGAUGUCAUCAUAAGUCUAGAUGACCAAUCAUCAAACUGAAUGCACAUUUCUACAUUGACAUGUAAUUUGAUCUCACUGGAAAACGGUAUUGACCCGACUUCUAGUCUGGCGUUAUCGGUGCAAUUGACCCUUUUCAGCAGACUGGGCCAGUGAUCAUUUUACAUUUGUUUCUGGUUUGCGGGUUUCCCUAUGUUUGAACCCCAUGGUCUGUUUUUAUAAUGAGAUUUUACUUCAGUUCCAGGCUUUCACUGAUGGAUUCAUAAAACAGCAUCACAGUUGAAUGUUUAUCAGCAUAAACUCAGGUCAGGAAUAGGCUUAGAAUUUGUUAUUGACAAUUGUGUAAUAUAAUAACACCGCAAUAAUUAUGUAGUUAUUUUAAUUAUAAUCACCCAUUGAAUGAUGAAUUGUGUUACAUCACAAACUGCGCAGACGUUUGAAGGAUAGUUUACUUGUACUGUAAAAACAUACAACAUAUGAUAACCUGUUAUGUAUACAUUUGACAAAACUUGUAACUGAAACGCUUUGUCCCCCUUCAUUCUGAUGUUAAGUUCAACAAAAAGUCUCAAUUGCAGCAGGCUUGGAAUAGUUUACAUCAUCUACUUUGAUUAUUAUUAGUCGAUCCAUGAUUUAUGAAAUUAUUUGAAGCGUACAUUGUUGUUUACAGUGAUAUUACCUGUAUAUUGCCACCAACAAGUCUGUCAUCAGACACUUAGAAGUUUGGUCAAAUGUGCCUUUGUGGAUUCAGAGCCAUUUGCUUUCUUAAUGCAAAAAUAGGACAAAGACAGAGAAAUUUAUUUGGGUUACUUUUAAGUUCUUGUAAUCCACUGAUAGAAAGGUCGAUAUUGUUUCCUUAAAGUGACCUGCUAGCAUUUCCAGUGCACUUUACCUGCAGCCAUAGAAUCUUAAAUUAGGAUGCAAUGAAGAAUAAUUGCAGAUUUCUGGAUCCAAAGUCAGGCCAAGCCCGGGGUAAUUUAGAACUGGAUGUCCCUCACAUGAGAGACAUCAACUAAAUAGCUAAGCCAACUAGAUCGAAAGGAGUUUCAAUAUAAAUGCAGAAUAUUGCCAGUGUAGAGGCUGCAUCAUUGAGAACAUGCAGAAUGCUAGUUGCUGGUAUAGAUGGCCUUUGGAUGUCUCCAAGGAGAGAAUUGUGCUGCACUGAUUUAUGUGACCAUUUACCAAACACUGCACAAGUGGCUGGUGGAAUCAUACAGGAUGUGUUGCUGUACAGAGUCUUUCACUUUUUUUCCUUCUUAAUAUGUCAGGUAGCAAACAAAUAGAGGGAAAGGAUAUCUCAAGAGCAACUAAUAAAGCAUUUUCAAGUAUUACAUCUGAUGUCCAGGAAUUUAGAAGGACGCAAUAAACUCUGGAAACAGAGUCUUUCCCAUGGCCCACACAAAAGAAAGUAAACUUCAAAUACAACUCAUGUCAGCCAGAACCUGGUGUUGCACAGAGCCUUUCCCAUUGAAUACAAUGGGCCAGUGUAUUUAGAGGUUAACUGUAUUUGUGCCGUACUCACACACCCAUUUGCAGAACUUGACAUCAGUGUCCUUUUGGCCCGCUGCUCACUUUAAAUAGCACUUAGGCAUACAAUGUCAUGUUUGUUUUGAAGUAAAUAUAUAACUACAGUAAUGAGGUGAAUUAUAAAAAGGUUAUUGAAAGAUAUUGUUCUGGCACGAAUUAGUUGGCACUGUAACAAAAAAGAAAAAAAACUUGUUGGCGACUUGGAAUAAAUUAUAAUGGUUGAACUCCGUAACCCUAAUAAGAGCACCAGGAUUUAAGGUUAGGAAGCAUUUGGAAGUUUCAGCUCUCUCCACAAGUAACUUUUUUAAAUGAUAUUGCUUUUGGAAUAUUGCUUAUUGACAGUGCCAUGCUGCAAAUCAGUUUCUUUCUAAUUGACAGGUCUGGCUUACUUCUCUGGAGAAAGGUAAUUCUGACGUCAGUAUUAAUGUUCAAAUAUUACACUUACUUAUCAAGUACCCCAGAUAUUUAGGUCAUGGGGAACAUUUUCCCUGUUUCCAAUUAUAUUCAUAACUAUGAUAGGUAGCCAUGGUUCUGGUUGAAGACUGUGGUAGGUGUAACUCGUUAACUGUGCAAGCAGGGGGAUGGCUCAGAGAGAGAGACAUGAAGGGAUGAAUUGGAAGGGACACACACCAGAGUUCUUUGCCUUACCACAAUUUUAAGUCCAGCGUGAACUUUUAGCCAUCUGGGGAACCUGCCAGAAAUGAUAAAUUAAUGUUAAUGCCUUUGCUGCUGGGAGCCCAGAGAUGUGCAUCGUGAAGCUUGGGGUGGGGAAAGGGGGCUUUCUAUUUUAAAGGGAAGUUAUUGGUUUCAUGAAUCUCCUUAAAAGGCUUGGAUCUGGGAAAAGUUGCUCUAAUCCUGUUUGGUAAAGUGUGAAGUUUUUCAAUGCAACCUUUUAACUUGAAGGGCUUUUGUGUUUUAUCUUGAAUUAUUUUUAAAACAAUAAGCAAAUCUUUUUUAAUGCAACCAGCUAUGCAAUGUUGUGUCAUCAGUAUUGUCGUUAUGUACUGCUCAGUUUGUAAAGGCAAAUUAUCAGGAUAACUUACUUUCAUGUCAUGUUUUCUUCCAAAGUAACUUUGAAGUUUAAACACUGAAUUCAUUAUGAAAUAUGCCAGAGGAGCAGGGACUUUGAUAUCAGUUAUAACAGAGGACAAAAGGUAUUCCAACUCUGUAUGAUGAAACCUCGAUAACUUUGUCCCUGUCGGACUCAUAUGACCUUCUAAUUGAUUUGCUUUUAUUUCAAUUGCUGUUAUUAACUUCUACUUUAAUAAUAACUCCCUGGCAUGAAUAGUUUCAGGGUAGAGACACUGACUGUAAGAAUCAAUGUAAAGGUGAACUUAGACUUUUAGAUUAGUUUGACAGGAUUUAGGGCUUGAAUUGUGUGGGGCUCUUUGGAUAGUAAUGAUUUCUGAAACAACGAAAAUGUAACAAAGCUCAAGCAAAUAAAAAUGCUGGAUCAUACAAACACUUAGUAUGUCCCCAACAGAUAUCCUUGGUGACAUUUGAUUCUGCUUUUGCUAACGAGGAACUGUUGUAUCUCAGAUCGGUUUGGAUAGUUGGAAGAAAGUUUGAAAGAAUCCAGAGUGGCCCAAGACAGUUUUCAUUCCAAUUGUAUCUCUAUUACUUCAUCUGCCUGAGCUGUUUGCAGCACAUUUGUUUAAACUCACUCUGAUUCAUGGGUGAAUGAGAUGAAAUGGUAUUGCUACUGAGCAGAAGUUGUGAGGGGCAGAAGGCUUCUAAGCCUUGACUAGUAUUUGGCAUGUCAGUCCAGGAAUACAAUUUAAAGCCGCAUUUCCUUCCUUUCCCGCUUAUUGCUUGAAGUCUGCAGUCUGGUACUGAUUAUCCCAGUGUGUCUGUGUAUUGGUGUGUCCACAGUAUACUUUUAUUAGCUCUUGUUUUGAAAUGCUUUCUGUUCCUUUUUUCUGGUCCAUAUUCAGUGACUAGAUAAAUAGAGGAAAAAUGGAAGCUGGUGGCCAAUCGAGAGUGCCUGCAGUCAAAUCCAGACUCAUACAGAAAUUGAGUUAUCUUUAGCCUUCCAAACAAAUUUCACUUGGGACUCUGGUCUUUGUUUGGAAUAUUAAACAGUGCAGGCUCACAUGAUUCCACAUCAAGUUCAUUUCAGUUCUGCAGCAUGGGCAGAGAGAAUGAACUCUGCCAGUUUCCUCCCUCUGCUCCUCUCUGUCUCCCCGGAAAAAAAUCAUCAAGGGUCUGGGAAAAUAAAACAGCUAAGUUAAAACUGGAUUUUUCUCAGAUUUGUUUUUCUCUUUUUAAAUUCUGCAUCACCUUAAAAAGAAAUCUGCUUUUAUAUUGUACAGUACGAGAUUAUCUUGGGUGUCUUUCCAAGAUUUUACUAGGUGAUGUUCGAACAUAUUAUUCCACAAGGCGGUGGACACAGGCUUCUUGCACUAGUUCUCUUAAAAUUAACUUUGACCUCACCUGUCCCUGUUGGACAAAAUUCCAAGUGGAGGCCAUAUGGGUCUGGUGGAAAUUUGACAAGUUGGUCCCUCUCGUCUGUUUUCUUCUGGACCAUUUGAGUAGCCCUCAAUUAAGUUCUUUUGAUUGGUGGUGAGGGAAGAUUACUCCUUCAUCCUUUAAACAGUGCAUGUAUGCCAUUGCCAGAAGAGUUGUGAAGAGGUACAACUUAAAUCUUCUCACCAGUUGCUGUAGGAGCAAGAAUCAUUUAGAGUGAAAUGAACUAUUUUAAGUCUGCAAUGUCCUCAAAUGCUCUGUAAAAUUUUUGUGCAUGGUGAUUACUGGACCUUGACAUGCUAUUGUUUACAGUAGGUUUUUUACUUUCUAAGGACUGGACCUUAGCUAUUAGUUGUGGCAAUUAUUGGAAAUAUCAAAAGUUCAUGUUUAAAGAAACUACUUUUGCAGUUUUCACGGGUAAGUGGACAGAAUCCAUCCGCGAAACCUUGUUUAAAAUCCAAUGUAACUAUAACAAGGUUGAUGAUCUUCACAUAUUAAGGAGAAAGAUAAUUUUUAAUUUCCUUGGAAAUAUUUUGGCAAUACAGAACCUAUUCCACUUAAACCGAACUGUCUGAAUCUUGUGUGAUGAUGCUAAAAGUGUUUAAUAUUUCAUAAACUGAUGCUGUCUGACCUGAGUGUUUCCAGCAUUUUCUGUUUUUAUUCUUGUAAUAUCAAAUUGGAAUUUGCUUUAAGCCAAUAGCUCAUGAAUAAACUGAUGUUCUCAACCUUG